AUGCCUUUCGUUCAUAAAACCAUUGAAAAAUAUGGUAAAACGUCGUUUAUGUGGGUUGGACCGAGACCGCGGCUGCUCAUUAUGGAUCCUGAGUUGAUGAAAACAGUGAUGAGUAAAUACAAUACUUUCAGAAAGAAUUUUAAGGUAACCAAUAAUAUAGUGCAAACACUUAUUAGUGGAAUCCUUAACCAAGAGGGAGAAGAAUGGAGCAAAAGCAGAAAGACUCAAAAUCCUAGUUUCCAACUGGAAAAAAUUAAGCAAAUGAUACCUGCAUUUCAAUUGAGCUGCGAUGAAAUUGUGAAUGAGUGGAAGAACAUGGUGUCGAGCUCCAAGGAUGGCUCCUGUGUGGUGGAAGUGAUGUCUCAUAUAGAAGUCUUGACCAUUAAAGUGGUGUCCCAAACUUUAUUUGCCACUGACUAUGCACAGGAUAAAAGGAUCUAUCAAAUUCUUAAAGAAUUGACUUCUAUUGCCAGACAAACAACUCGAAUAGUUGAUUUACCAGGAGCCAAGUCUUCUGUGCCUUAUUGUUAG